ACAGCGACCCGCAUGGUCAGCCUAUUUCGACGACGUAAAUGCAUUGGCAAUACUGGUUCCAAUCUCUGCAUUUGACCAGUACCUUGAGGAAGAUCCCCUCACUAACCGUAUCCACGACUCCUUGGAACUAGUGACGGCGAUUUGUGCGAACAAACUUCUGAAGAAUGCGCAAUUAGUUCUACUUCUGAACAAGAUCGACUUAUUGCGCCGCAAACUGGAAUCUGGGCUGCAAAUUCGGGACUACAUAAUAAGUUACGGGAAUCGACCGAAUAAUUUCUCGGCCGCGGCCGAUUACUUCCGGUCUCACUUCCUGACCGCUCAUAAGCGGAAAGAUCCUUUCAAUCGCAGCUUAUAUGUCCAUCUUACUUCCUUGGUGGACGUACAAGCCUCGCAGAUCAUUAUUGCCAGCGUGCAAGACGUGAUCAUGCGCAAGCACAUUGCGCAAUCGGGUUUGACGUAGUCGCCCGCACUGAGCUCGGAAUAUCUGUGUGACUUGUAAUUAAUGCGCUUAUGUUGUAGUUUGUGAUAUACAGGAGGCACCGGCACGUGCACCGAAUACAGGUUCGGAUACUUCCGGAGCCCCUAAGUAUGUUGUGCGUUUGUGACACAUCUCCUCACUUCAGACCACCUGGUCGCAAGCGCACUCUUCUCAUCAUCCUGGUAGGAGACCGUUUUCCUAAUCUUGUAACCAGAAGUCCCAGGUGACGAGAAGAUUCCAGUAUGGAGUCGUCUUGGGGAGACUUCCCAGUUGCAGGGCUUUGCGGAGCGAUAGUCCCAUUGCGCGCAGGUUAGAAAACAUGCUGCUUCUCAGAAAACAUGAGCCCUCGGACUCUCGUACCGGACAAGCUCAACCUCUGUCCUCAGCCUGCUUGAGGAGUCUGCAUGUAUGAAGUCUUGGGUGACCUGCAGGCAAGCCUCCUUUUUUUGUGGCUGCGGACCUCGAACUCGGCCAUUGAGUGAAAUUGGCACCGGCCGCAGGUCUGUGUUCUAGAAAGGGUCGGACAUGACUCAUCAACUGGAAUGGUAUUCUGGAAUCUACGGCAGCUGCUGAGCAUGGUCUGGGCGAGGCUUUGUCGAGCUGAGCUGGCGUCCACGCGCUCGAUGCAUUGCGUAUUCACUUGCGUAUGCAACCUUAUUAUCGCCUGUCGGAUCAUGGCGACAUGGUCUGGUGACAACCUGCCACAAAUUCUGCUAUCUCUAGAAUCUUCGGAACUAUUCGCGAAGUCUUCCCUAGGCCCCCUCCGGGUUGCGACUAAUGCUCCACAGCAACCGAGGGGACUCUCCACAGGGGUGACUCCAACCUCAUCGAUUGUCCCACUGUUUCGCCUGCAAGGUUUGGGUUAUGCGGCGACGCAAGACUCAGUAAAACGAGUCACAUCAAUCAAUGGUCACACGCUUUAACCCCAUCAGGUAAUCUUCGUGGAAAACGUGCUGGCUGGUCAGGUCUCGCCGCCGUGGUUGCUCACCCACCAUCAUGUCGCCACCACCUCCACCCCCACCUCCGCCACCUCCCUUGUGUUUUCCCUUUGGCUCAAAUAAGCCUAAACGCCGUCUCACUAGCGACGACGUUACGAGUGUCGCUGGAUCGUACAGCACGGGCCUGCCUCCCUCAAGCUACGACGAAAAGUACCGGCCGAACACCUACUCCAGCACAUCCUCUUUGACGAGAACGGACUCUCUGAGCUUCAAGACGGACUCGGAGGACUAUGGGACAGUGCGGGGAAGCGAGCAUCCGGAUUGGCAGCUUGGCAAAAAGGGUCCGCGGAUGGUGCGAGCCAACACCAUGGCAGGAACCAAACCUCCCAAGGAGCCAUCCUCGGGCAGCAAGUGGGGCUUUUUAGGAGGGAAGAAGAAGGAGAAGGACAACCAGAAGGACCUGGUCGUCGCUUUCCCAGGCCAACCACCCAUGUCGGAAAAACUGCCCUCAAAUGGUGGCGCCCCGCGCGGUGUACCGCUAUACGACCCCCCAGUCCCUCCGGCCCGCAUGGACUCGCGGAAUAGCCGUGAAACAAGGUCUUCCCGCGAUACCAAAGACUCACGGCGAUCGAAAGAAUCCCGGGGCACACGAGAAUCACGGAGUUCCCACAAGACCCGUGAGUCAGAUGAGACGAGGGUGUCUGGGGAAACGAGACCCUCUUCUGGACGCAGUCGCAGCUACACCCAGCCCACCGGCAAAAGCUCUACUCCCAGCCCACAGACGAGCCAGCGGAGUACUGGGGCCCGUGGAUCGGGCGGAUCGGGAACUCAAGGCGGUGGCCCGUCAUCCCUCGUGCGGAAUGACUCGCAAAACACGCUCGUUGGGUCUGCGCUGGAACGCAAGAUCAAUGACGUUGAGCCGAGCAUAGAGAGGGCGGACACGCGUGUACGUCUCGACGAUCUGCGCAAAAUCAUGACGAAGGACAGCUUGGAUUACUAUAUCAUUCCAAGCGAAGACUCCCAUCAGUCCGAAUACGUUGCUGCAACCGAUAAGCGUCGCGAGUACAUAUCUGGAUUCUCCGGCUCAUCCGGCCAGGCCAUCGUCACACCGAAUCACGCCUUCUUGUUCACGGACUCGCGCUACUGGUUGCAAGCCCAAGAACAAUUGGAUGAGAACUGGGAACUUGUACGUGUAGGCUCGCCAGGUCUGCCCAAAGACUGGAUCGAGUGGCUAGUGGAUCGAGCGCGAAACUCUCGUAUCGGUAUCGAUGCUCGUAUGAUUUCGCACGAGAAAGCCGCCGUUCUCAACAGCAAGCUGGUCCAGCGGGACUCCAAGAUGAUAUAUCCUCCCCAGAACUUGGUCGAUCUUGUUUGGCGUGACAAGAUCGGAAAGUCGCGGGAACCCCUGUAUCGGCAGCCCGACAAGUUCACCGGCCAACAGGCUGACAAGAAGUUGGCACGUUUACGGGAUUGGAUCGCCAAUCAACCUCCCUCGAUCCCUUCUUACUCCAAAGGCCCGCCUACAGAAUCUCAGAUUCAUGUCGCUACGCUGGUGUCGUCAUUGCCCGCCAUCGCAUAUCUGCUGAAUCUGCGUGGUUCUGAUAUCCCUUUCAACCCGUUGUUCCAUGCGUACUUCUUCAUCAGCCAGGACACAGCCAUCCUCUUUGCCGAUGCGGUGAAAGUGAACGAGGACAUCCACGAGUAUCUGCACUCGUUGGGUGUCGAGCGGAGGGAUUAUGUCGAGAUCUGGCAGUUCCUGCGCCGCAGAGAAUGGGGAGCGGGCAAAGUGCUCAUUACCCCGCAGACCUCAUUCGCAAUCUCGCUCAUGCUGACCCACUUGCGAUACACGGUGGCGCCCAACUAUGUCGAGGAGAUGCUGUCCAUCAAGAACGACACGGAAUUGCAUGGACUGAGGGAAGCGUAUAUCAGAGACGGAGUGUGCUAUGUCCGAUUCCUUGCCUGGCUCGAGGACAAGUUCAAUGCAGGCUACGACAUCACGGAAUACGAAGCCGCUCAGCGAUUGACUGAAUUCCGGCGCAAGGCUCCUUACUUCAUGGGCUUGGCAUAUGAGAACAUUUCCGCCAGCGGGCCGAACGCAGCAUUGCCGCAUUACUCCCCGAGGAGAAGCACUGCUCGGAUGAUCGACAAGUUCACGCCGUACCUGAAGUGUGUUCCCAUGAAUGUCUGUUGGUCUGUGUGAACUGAUUGUCUCGCAGUGACUCUGGUGGCCAGUACCGGGAUGGAACAUGCGACACGACUAGGACAUGGCAUUUCGGCCGUCCCACUCCAGAACAAAGUGAUGCGUACACCCGCGUGCUUCAGGGUCAUGUACGUGCCUAUCUGUCUCGUGCCUUCAUUUCCAUCCUGACUGGCUUUACCAGAUCGCGAUUGACUCUGCAGUGUACCCCGAGGGUACCUCGGGAUUGCAGCUCGACGUGCUUGCUCGUCGAGCGUUGUGGCGAGAUGGGCUUAACUAUGGGCACGGGACAGGCCAUGGCUUCGGAUCGUUCUUGACUGUACACGAAGGCUCCCACGGCUUUUCGAGCUCUGUGCCGCUCCAGGCUGGCCACGUUGUCACUAACGAACCUGGUUUCUAUGCCGAAGGCCAGUGGGGCAUCCGUCUCGAAUCGGCCCUCAUCGUGCGCCCGGUCUCGAUGAGCCGUCGCUACGGCGGCAACUCGCGCUGGCUCGGAUUCGAGCGGCUCACGUGUGUUCCUAUCCAGACGAAGAUGGUCAAGGAGAGCAUGAUCACGAGAGAAGAGAAGAACUGGCUCAAAGACCACAACGAGCGCUGCUGGACCAUUCUGAGCCCCCUUCUCAAGGAUGACAAGCGGGCCCUUGCCUGGCUGAAGCGCGAGACGACUCGUGGAAUGGGUGUCGCGACUGGUCCUGGUGGUCUUGCCAUCGACUGGGAUUGAGAGCGUGACCUUGAUCCGCCAGUAGACGAACACGAACAUUUACUGCUGCUAUCUAUUAGACUAGUUUCCCUUCUUCCUCUUCCCUACGUCCGUCGUUAGGAUGGAUAUGAUAUGACUUGAUGGACGGAUCUUUAUUACCUCUGCGCUUUUUGUAUAUACUUACUUGUUGUAGUGCCCUAUGCCACUCCUGCUAUGGACCAAGUACAGUAGUCCGCGCGAUGUAAGUAGCAGAGAUGUUGUACGUGUUUCACCUGUUCAGUCUCUAUCUAAGUCUUAUGCACCGAAUUCACUGGAAGAAUUGCAGUAAGUGUCAGGCGACGCAUAUCAGAUCCCAUCGGCCGGCCAGGCUGUCCUUACAAAUCGAGCACACCCCUGAUUGCCCAGUCGCGCCCAAGUUCGACAAUGUCUCAUCUCACGUUUACCAGCCCUUCCCUAAGCGCCUCCUUCACAAGCCGAGUAGAAAUGCCUCACGCGGGAUGGGAUCGAAAGAGGCGGGAUCCGAAUUGUAGGGGUAUAAUAUCUGGUAAUACAAAACGAGAUAGCAGAUGCAGAGUAGAAUGAUGUCCAAGAAUGCAAGGCGAGAGAGCGGCAGCAGAUGCACAACUUGUACGUUAUCACAAU